ACUCCGCUUCAUGAAGCGAUUCAAUUUGUGAAUACGGAAAUUGCUGAAUUACUAUUAAAUCAUGGAGCUAACGUUAAUGCCAGUGAUAAAUCAAGUAUUACACCACUGUGUCUCACUGUUCAAAAAGGACUUGUAAGUGGUGUUCAGAUGCUUUUGGACAGAGGUGCUAAUGUUAAUGCUGAAACUCAGUGUGGCUUUACUCCGCUUCACUAUGCGAUUGAAAAUGAGAAAAUGGAAAUUGCUGACUUACUUUUAAAACAUGGAGCUUACCUUAAUGCCAGUGAUAAGUCAGAUAUUACAUUACUGUGGUUUGCUAUUCACAGAGGACAUGUAGAUGGUGUUAAAAUGCUUUUGGACAAAGGUGCUAACGUUAAUGCUGAAACUUGGUGGUCGGACAAAACUCCGCUUCACUAUGCGAUUGAAUAUGAAAAAAUGGAAAUUGCUGAAUUACUUUUAAAUCAUGGAGCUAACGUUAAUGCCAGUGAUAAGUCAGGUGUUACACCACUAUGUCUUGCUGCUAAAAAAGGACAUGAACAAUUUGUUAAGAUGUUUCUUGACAGAGGUGCUAACGUUAAUGCUAAAACUGGGUGGUUGGAGAGAACUCCGCUUCACUAUGCGAUUGAAUAUGAGAAAUUGGAAAUUGCUGAAUUACUAUUAAAUCAUGGAGCUAACGUUAAUGCCAGUGAUAAGUCAGAUUGUACACCACUGUGUUUUGCUGUUCGACAUGGACAUGUAGAUGGUGUUAAGAUUCUCAUCGACAGAGGUGCUAACGUUAAUGCUAAAACUCUGAAAGGCUCUCUGCUUCAUGAUGCGAUUUACUUUCAGAAUUCGAAAAUUGCUCAAUUACUAUUAACUCAUGGAGCUAACGUUAAUGCCAGUGAUAAGUCAGGUAUUCCACCACUGUGUCUCACUGUUCAAAAAAGAUAUGUAAAUGUUGUUCAGAUGCUUUUGGACAGAGGUGCUAACGUUAAUGCUAAAAUUUGGCGGUCGGGCAGAACUCCGCUUCACUAUGCGAUUGAAUAUGAGACAAUGGAAAUUGCUGAAUUACUUUUAAAUCAUGGAGCUAACCUUAAUGCCAGUGAUAAGUCAGGUGUUACACCACUGUGUCUAGCUGUUCAAAAAGGAUAUGUAAAUGGUGUUAAGAUGCUCAUGGACAGAGGUGCUAACGUUAAUGCUGAAACUCGGAAUAGGAAAGCUCCGCUUCACGAUGCGAUUGAAAAUAAGGAAAUAGAAAUUGCUGAAUUACUUUUAAAUCAUGGAGCUAACGUUAAUGCCAGUGAUAAGUCAGGUGUUACACCACUAUGUCUUGCUGCUAAAAAAGGACAUGAACAAUUUGUUAAGAUGUUUCUUGAUAGAGGUGCUAACGUUAAUGCUGAAACUUGGUGGUCGGACAAAACUCCGCUUCACUAUGCGAUUGAAUAUGAGAAAAUGGAAAUUGCUGAAUUACUAUUAAAUCAUGGAGCUAACGUUAAUGCCAGUGAUAAGUCAGGUAUUACACCACUGUGUGCCGCUGUUCAAAAUGGACAUGUAGAUGGUGUUAAGAUGCUUUUGGACAGAGGUGCUAAUGUUAAUGCUGAAACUCGGGAUGGCACAACUCCGCUUCAUGAAGCGAUUCAAUUUGUGAAUACGGAAAUUGCUGAAUUACUAUUAAAUCAUGGAGCUAACGUUAAUGCCAGUGAUAAGUCAGGUAUUACACCACUGUAUCNCACUGUUCGAAAAAGACAUGCAAGUGUUGUUCAGAUGCUUUUGGACAGAGGUGCAAAUGUUAAUGCUGGAACUCGGGAUGGCANAACUCCGCUUCAUGAAGCGAUUCAAUUUGUGAAUACGGAAAGUGCUGAAUUACUAUUAAAUCAUGGAGCUAACGUUAAUGCCAGUGAUAAAUCAGGUUUUACACCACUGUGUUUUGCUGUUCAAAAAAGCCAUGUACAAGUUGUUGCGAUGUUGUUAGACAGAGGUGCUAACAUUAAUGCUAUAUCAAAUAAUGAUACUUGUCGUCGCAUCUAUUGUAAAAAAAUUGCUGAGUUUCUUACACAGCAUAUAGUUAAGAUAAAAGCUGCAAAUUUAUCCGUAAGUGAACAAUUAUUAUCAAUGAGCAGGAAUUAUGAAAUAAGUGAUUUUCAGGAUAAAUGUGAAAAAGAAGUAGCAGUCAUGAAGAAUGAGAAAGUUAGUAAUACUAACAUAUCAUUUUACGAUAUCUUGAUAAAAGAUACAAAUCUAGUAGCAAUGUAUAUGAGAAAUGAAAAUGUAGUGCAGGUUUUAAGAUUAGACGAGUAUAAAACAAAAUUUUCAACAUAUUCUAGCAUGAUAAAAAAUCAGUUCAGAAAUGGUAUGAAAAAGAAAGAGUUGCUCGAACAAGGCACUAAAAUUUUCUAUUUUUUCUGUAACUUUCCUGAGUUACCACUUGGUUGUAUUGAACAAAUAUUUAGUUACCUAAGUGAUAAUGACAUAAAAAUUUUAAUAGAUACUUGUAAGUCUGUUAGUGUCAGUAAUCUUAAUACUGAUAUUAAUGAUGUAGAAAUUACUUCAAAUACAUGACUUUCGUUCAUCGUUUGAUCUUGACUUUGGAUAUGAAGUCAAACUUUAUACAACUACUAUGGACUUCUAAUGUAAGAUCUAUCAUUUUUUCUUCAAUUUUCUUGUAAUUUUGCGAACCUUGUAAUAUGACGUGAUUAUUUAUAUUUAUUUUUAUAUUUACAUUUAUAUUUAUAUUUAUACACUGAAGAAGGCUCAAGUAAGGGCCGAAACGUUUGUCAUCUCUUAAUUUUAUUUGUUUUUCAUUUGCGUUUUACUGCGUUUUAUAUGCUUUUUGUUUAACUAAACUUAAGAUCCAUUAAAAGCUCGAAACAGA